AUGCUCAAAAUUUACACAAGCCUGCCAAGAUACAUCCAUUUAGCUCUCAUCCGUCGACUUCCAAGUGUCCACCAUCGAAGUCUCAACCUGAUUGUGCGUGGACUUGCUACGCCUGUGUCGACCACAAUGCAGAACAACCGUCCGUCAAAAAGGAUAGUCAAAGAUAUUGACCUGGGUGAAGCUGAUGAGGCCCAGAAAGGCGGAAGUAGCAGGGUAACACCGCGAUCUCUCAGUCGUGCUGUCAGCCCUCCACUCAAGAAACCCCGGACAAGCUCAGAAAAGAGAGAGUCGCUUCCGGCCGAACAGCAGGUAGAACAUCAGUCAGAAGAGCAGGCAGAACGGCAGACAGAACAGCAGACAGAACUGCAGCAAUGUCCAUCUCAAAGGAUCGUCAAGUCGCCGUUUCACCUUACCACAAUUCGCUCACUAGGACAGGCUUCCAACAAGGAUACCAUAUCACUCAAGCACCUUCUCGGUGACCCGCUGAUCAUAGAGUGUUGGGAGUUCAACUACCUUCACAAUAUUGACUUCCUCAUGAACGCGUUUGACGAAGACAUUCGCCAUCUAGUCAAAGUCCAUGUUGUCCACGGCUUUUGGAAGAAGGAGGAUCCCAAUAGGCUGCAAAUACAGUCUGACACCGAUCGCUACCCCAAUAUCACCACACAUCAUGCCUAUCUCCCUGAGCCUUUCGGCACCCAUCACAGCAAAUUGAUGGUUCUUUUCCGAUUAGAUGAUACAGCGGAAAUCAUCAUCCACACAGCGAAUCUGAUCCCGAAAGACUGGGGUAACAUGACAAAUGGCGCCUGGAUAUCUCCCCGACUUCCCCUUCUCAAAGCAGACACUCAGCAGCCUGCAUCCUCUACUCGGUCCUCACCACCCGCUGCUGGCUCUGGUGAGAAGUUCGAGAUUGACUUUCUGAACUAUCUACGCUCAUACCGGACUGCCUGCAAGCCUCUCGUUGACCAACUCUCCAAGUAUGACUUCUCAUCAAUACGCGGCUCACUGAUCGCUAGUGUUCCAGGACGACACUCUCUAGUCGACAACUUCCCGACCCGGUGGGGCUGGGCUGCCAUGAAAGAAACUCUCAAGUCGGUUCCCGUCCGUCAAACGGCGGACCGUGAUCACAACAAAAGCGAAAAAGCCGAAAUGGUAAUUCAAAUAUCCUCCAUCGCGACCCUCGGCCCAACAGACAACUGGCUCAAAAGCACUCUUUUCGAAGCACUCAGCGGUUCGCAGGGCCCCAAGACCCUGUCAUCAUCAUCAAAAAAGCCAGACUUCAAAGUCAUCUUCCCCACGCCCGACGAAAUCAGGAAGUCCCUCGACGGCUAUUCGUCCGGAGGAUCCAUCCACACCAAGAUCCAGUCUGCUCAACAAGCUAAACAGCUCCAGUAUUUGAGACCAAUCUUCUGUCACUGGGCGAAUGACUCUGCUGAUGGAGGUGAUGAUACGACUACCACCGUACCCAUCCGUGAAGCAGGCCGCCAACGCGCGGCUCCGCAUAUCAAAACCUUCAUUCGCUAUACCAACCAGAAGACCAAAGACCGGAUUGACUGGGCUCUGCUCACAUCAGCCAACCUUUCUAAACAAGCCUGGGGUGACGCGCAGAGUAAGAACAAUGCCGGCGAGCCGCAGGUGCGUAUAUGUUCUUAUGAGAUUGGGGUGAUGGUUUGGCCCGAGUUGUUUGCGGAUAGUGGUGGUGGUGAAAAGAGGAAAGCGGUGAUGGUACCUACUUUUCUUACGGAUACCCCUACGGGUCUAAGUAGUAGUAAGGAUGGAACGUCUUUGGCUGGGGAAAGGGGCGGCACCAAGUCAGCCACAAGAGACGGCGAGGAUGGAGGUGCAGGUGGUGAUGAGGAGGAGGACGAGUCAACAGUGGUGGUGGGCUUGCGAAUGCCAUAUAACCUCCCAUUGCAGCGGUACGGGCCGCAAGAGGUACCUUGGGUUGCCACGGCGAACCACUUGGAGCCGGAUUGGAUGGGGCAGGUUUGGCGACAUGAGUGA